AUGAAGCAGGGUCAUACCGACAAGGAAAGUGGCGACAAUGCCAUCGCGCCGGCACCUUCUCAUGUGGCUUAUGAGCACCAGGAGGGAGACAAGUCGGCCAACGGAUAUGCUGAUGCUCAAGCGAUCUAUGUUGACGACAAGACAAGCAAGGAGCUUUUCUGGACGAUUAACAGACGAAUCCUGGCUUGUAUGCUGGGCACAUACUUCUGCCAGUCCCUCGACAAAGGCACCCUUGGCUUUGCCUCCAUAAUGAACAUCAAACAAGAUGCCAACCUCGUGGGCCAACAGUUCAGCUGGCUCGGAACAAUUCUGUAUAUGGGUGUUCUCGUUGGAGAGUACCCGACCAAUUUGCUUCUGCAGAAACUCCCCGUCGCAAAAUAUCUCGCCGCCAAUGUUUUCUGCUGGGGCAUUGUAAUUGCAUGCUCGGCUGCCGCCAAGAACUUCACAGCCUUGAUGAUUGUCAGAUUCCUGCUCGGAGUAUUUGAGUCUUGCGUUCAGCCGGCUUUCAUCAUCAUGACUGUCGGAUUGGAAGUCCAAUUCGACCGCGGCAUACAGCCGACUGCGCAGGGGCCAAUUGGGGGCCCUAUUUACGAUUAUCGUAGCCAGCCUAACCUAUAG